AUGGAAUCUAAUCAAGCUUCAGAGGUCUGCGUCAGUGAAACUAGUCGAUCAAAAGUUUCAUCAAAAUCGGCAAAAUCCGGGUCGAGUAAGCAAAGCUCAAUGAAAUCAUUGACCCCCAGUGAACGCCGCAAAGAGCUGCUCCUAGCGAAGAUGAAGCGAGAAGAGUUGGAAAAACAACAUGAAGCAACCUUAAGACUGAAACAACAGGAAGCCAUCAUCGAAGAGCAACAGCAUUUGAUUGAGAUGGAACGAAAACAACAAGAAAUUAAAUUUGAAAUUGACCGUAAAGAGCAAGAACAUCGUUUACGAAUCGAAAAAAGUCGGCUUGAAAUGGAACGAUUAAGCGAAGAAAAUCGUAUUAAAGUAGCUGAAGCAAAAAUAGUUGAAACUGAAUACCUCGAAGAGUCUGAAAUAGAUCAGCAUCUCGAGCUGGCGUCUUCGGUUGAUCGUCGUUCUGACAGGGUAAACGAUUGGGUUGAUCAUGCAUUAGAAAACCAAAAAGGACCCAAGAUAGUUCCGUCUUUUUCAAAGUUUGAAAACUGUAUAAAUAUAGAAAGUGGUUCGCAUCAACACAGAAAUGUGUCCACAGCGGAAGCUUCACCUCGGCGAUCGUUGCCGAAUCGGACUUUUGAUUGUGAUCAACAAUGUUAUCCCUAUCAACCAACCGUCUCGUUCAGCGAUGGCGAUGGAAUCAAGCACGCUGUAUCCACUAAUCCUGAUCACGAAACGCAGUCGUUGCUUAUUUCCAAUAACGCUACACUUUGCGAAAACAAUACAUCAUCAUUUUUUAAUCCAACUGGAACAGCAGCUACCAAUACUCCGGUAUGCUGUUACUUCUCUGUACCUCUUCCUUUGUCGUCCAUUCAACAUACCCCCGUCAACAACUUCAAUAACGAUUCCCGAGUUGUUGGAAACAUGCCCGCCAUCUCCAAUCAAUACUCUGGAUACACCCCUCAUGCCAUUGUGUCACAACCACCUGCAAGCUUCACCUCGGCGAUCGUUGCCGAAUCGGACUUUUGA